ACUUAAAUCACACUUACCAAACUUCUUAUGAUGACAAAUGUAUACCAUGCAAUUGUUAUAUCUACAUGUUGUCAUUCAGGAAAUAGCUAACAUUUUUUUUCUUUCCUCUUCGUCCUUCCUCUCUAGCUAGCUAGCUAGGUGACUUUAUCAAUAUCCUAUAAAAAUAUGUUACAUGCGCCUCUUAUUCAGACACCAAUCACCAUUGAUCACUUCAACUAUUAAUACGUAGUGUUAAUUUGGGUUAUCGAUAUCGAUCAAGCAGAAAUAAAAUGGGGGAAGAUUUGUUGGCAUUUGUAGUUAUGGUGAUUGUGCAAUUAGGGUUUGCUGGAAUGCUAAUAAUAACAAAAUUAGUGAUGGAUGGCGGCAUGAAUCCUUUUGUUCAGUGUGCUUAUAGGCCUAUUUUUGCCACCAUUUCCAUUGCUCCCUUUGCUUUCUUCUUAGAGAGGAAAACUAGGCCUAAGAUGACACGCUCUAUACUUUUUCAGAUAUUUUUGUGUUCUGUUUUCGGGAUAACAGCGAACCAAUACGCAUAUUUUAUUGGGUUAAAUAAUUCAACUCCAACAGUUGCUUCCGCCCUUGAUAAUCUAAUCCCAGCAUUCACCUUUCUCAUAGCUGUACCCUUAGGGGUUGAAAAAUUGGGGUUAAGAAGUAUAGCAGGACAAGCCAAGUUUGGGGGCACAAUAAUAUGUGUUGGAGGGGCAAUGUUAUUGUCAUUAUAUCAUGGCAAAGUGGUAAUUGGUCAAUUGGGAUUUCACUGGAAAUAUGCAGAAAGUACAGGCAAAGAUGUUAAUUCUGCCCAUUCCAACUUCUUUUUAGGACCAUUUUUACUUAUAAUGGCCAGUCUCACUUAUGCCAUUUGGUUAAUCAUUCAGGGAAGGGUAAGUGAGAAGUAUGUAGCUCCAUAUACAUGUAUAACGUUGAUAUGCUUAAUGGCAAGUAUAGAGAGCGUCAUCAUUGGCUUUUGCGUCGUCCCUAAACUUUCUGAAUGGACAUUAAAUCCCAUCAGGGCAAUCUCAGUUGUCUAUAAUGGAGUUGUGUGUACAUCAUUUGCAUAUUUUCUAAGCUCAUGGUGCAUUGAGAAGAAAGGUCCUUUAUAUGUCUCAAUGUUCAAUCCGUUGCUUUUAGUUAUUUCGGCAUUUCUCAGUUGGACUUUGCUUCGUGAGAAAUUAUACCUUGGAGUAGUUGUAGGGUCAAUUAUAGUAGUGGCUGGGCUUUAUGGAUUUUUGUGGGGUCAAAAGAUGGAGACAAGUGCAGAGGAUAUUGAAGUAAAUAAAGAGAAGAAGCAGUCCACUAAUUUACAAGUUGAUUUGGAAUUGCAAUUACCCAACUCUAAUGGUCAUCUUAUAGAGUUGAAGCAGAUAUCAUCAGAAGCCAAAGACGUUGAACUAUGAUGGGCCAAAUAUGAUAAAUUGGAGUACUACUUGUAUAAUAAGGGUAUAAAAUUCAAAAAAUAUCCAAAAGCUAAACGGCCUAAAUCCUCUGUUUUCAGGGUGAAUUACAAGAAAGUACCAACAAAGGUGUCUUUAUAUUUAGUUUUUAGCCAAACACUUAUUAACACCCAUAGGGUAGUUUGGUAAGAGGAAUAACGAAUAUUGUCAACUUCGAUGGUUCUAUUCAAACGAUUCAAGUUAAAAAAUAUUGAUAAGUAAGACAACGGCCUUCAUGACCAUAUUGUCUACGGACGUGUUUAGAAUUCAAACUUUAUAGUUUCAAUCUUUUAAGACAUUACAUUUAUUGUAUUUCUACAGCUUUGGGUUUAGACUUAUUAUUUAUUAUCCUUUUG